GGGAGUGUGUGGAGGAUACACUCAUUCCAUCAGAGGCAGAGUGUGUGUGUGUGAAGUGUGAGUACAGAGUGUGAAGAUGCUGCAGCAGGUGAUGCGCGUGUCAUGGAGGGGCGUGUCCCCGGCGAUUAAGUGGGUGGAGCCUGUGGCGGAGGUGAAGACUCUGGAUCAGAUGCCCGGACCGUCAGCAGUCAGGUUCAUCUGGGAUCUGCUGGCAAACCGAGGGCUGUCCAGACUGCACGAACUGCAGCUGGAUGGUCGGCGGCGGUUCGGGCCGAUGUGGAAAGCGAGUUUCGGUCCGGUUCUAACGGUACACGUCGCAGAACCGGAGCUGAUAGAGCAGGUGCUCAGACAGGAAGGACACACACCCAUGAGGUCAGACAUUUCCUCCUGGAAAGACUACAGAAAACACAGAGGACACGGAUACGGCCUGCUGACAGCUGAGGGGGAGGAGUGGCAGAACGUUCGCAGCCUUCUCGCCAAACACAUGCUGCGUCCCAAAUCAGUGGAGGCGUACGACAGCACACUUAACGCUGUAGUGACCGACCUGAUCACUAAACUCACUCUACGCAAACAACAAAAUCCUCACGGAGUCAUCAGUGACAUCGCAGCAGAGUUCUACCGCUUCGGCCUGGAAGGUAUUUCCUCGGUACUGUUCGAGUCCAGGAUUGGCUGUUUGGAUGCAGUGGUUCCCGUGGAAACAGAACGUUUUAUCCAGUCCAUUAACACGAUGUUUGUGAUGACGCUGCUCACCAUGGCGAUGCCGGCGUGGCUCCACCGGCUUUUCCCCAAGCCGUGGCGAACGUUCUGUCAGUGCUGGGAUUACAUGUUCCAGUUCGCGAAAGGCCACAUCGACCAGCGCCUUAAAGAGGAAGAGGAGAAGCUGGAGCGUGGACAGGAAGUGGAGGGGCGAUAUCUGACCUACUUCCUGUCUCGAGCUGGAAUGCCGAUGAAAUCUGUGUACAGUAACGUGACGGAGCUGCUGCUCGCAGGAGUCGAUACGAUCUCCAGCACGCUGUCCUGGUCUCUCUACGAACUGUCCCGCCAUCCUGAGAUCCAGGAGUCCCUGAGGUCAGAGGUCAUGAAGGUUCUGGGAGACAGAAGAAUCCCGACAGCAGCUGAUGUAGCAGCCAUGCCUCUGAUGAAGGCCGUCAUUAAAGAAAUCACCAGGCUGUAUCCUGUAAUUCCCGCUAACGCCCGAGUCAUCACAGAUCGGAAUAUUACAGUCGGAGGCUACAUCAUUCCCAAAAAGACGCUCAUCACUCUGUGUCAUUACGCCACGUCGCGUGAUCCGGCUCAGUUUUCAAACCCGAACUCGUUUUUCCCGCAGCGGUGGAUCAGUCGUGAUGAAGGGAAUCACCCGUAUUCGUCUGUUCCCUUCGGAGUUGGCAAACGCAGCUGCAUCGGCCGCAGAAUCGCAGAACUGGAGCUGUACCUGGCACUCAGUCGGAUUUUACUGCAUUUCGAGGUGAAGCCGGAUCCGAGCGGCCAUGAGGUCCGACCCAUGACCCGAACUCUCCUGGUUCCAGACAGAGAAAUGAAUCUGCAGUUCAUCGAGCGCUGAGUCUCUGCACACAGCAGCAGAAACAAUGCUGUAAAGAGUGUGUUCCAGUCCAGCACUGUGUGUGUGUGUGUGUGAGUGUGUGUGAGUGUGUGUGUGUGUGUGUGUGUUUGUGCUCACAUGGUGCUCACUUCACCUUGUCUUCUGGAUCUGGAACAGAAUAGGAGCUGAAGGAAACUCUCAGAGACGAGUCCUGUGUGCGACUUCAUGUAACGGCCAGUCAGUUUACAUCUGUGCUUGUGGAGGGUCUUCUGGUGGACACGGCCCUCUGGUGGACACGGCCCUCUGGUGGACAUGGCCCUUUGGUGGACACGGCCCUCUGGUGGACACGGCCCUCUGGUGGACAUGGCCCUUUGGUGGACAUGGCCCUCUGGUGGACAUGGCCCUCUAGUGGACCCGGCCCUCUGGUGGACACGGCCCUCUGGUGGACACGGCCCUCUGGUGGACACGGCCCCCUAGCAGCCUCUGAGUUCCUCUGAGUUCUGUGGAGCAGUGAGCUGAUCCUGAUGUCUCUUGUUCCUUGAACUGUUUAUAAAAUGUGAAAUUAAAUGUUUCUUGUCAUUUCAUGUGACUGAAAUCAGACUGUAAAAUCAGACGAGGCAGAAAUCCUUCAUGCAGCACUUUAUUCACUCACACGUGUGAUGAUAUUAAUGUUCAGGUACUGGUGCUUAAAAACCACGCUUUCACGUCAGUCAGGUCUGUUACUCUUACUCUUACUGUUAUUAUACUGUUACUAUAGUGUUACUCUUAUUAUUGUUACUUUAGUGACGCUGUAGUGUUACUCUGCUGUUACUGUUAUUGUUACUGUUGUUACUGUAGUGUUACUCUGUUGUUACUCUCUUGUUGCUGUAGUGUUACUGUUAUUAUACUGUUACUGCUAUUGUGUUACUGUAGUGAUGCUGUAGUGUUACUCUGCUGUUACUGUAGUGUUACUCUGCUGUUACUGUAGUGUUACUCUGCUGUUACUGUAGUGACGCUGUAGUGUUACUCUGCUGUUACUGUAGUGACGCUGUAGUGUUACUCUGCUGUUACUGUAGUGUUACUCUGCUGUUACUGUAGUGUUACUCUGCUGUUACUCUGUUGUUACUGUAGCAUAAUUGUAGCAUUAGUGUUACUGUACUGUUACUCAUCAGCUGAGCUUUUUGUACUUUUUAAUGCUUUAUAAUAAAUUUAUUUUUGUUGUUUUUACUAAUUAAAGAGUAAUAAUGGUAAUGAAAAUGUGCAUAAAAUAACUGCUUCUGGUGAUUUUAAUCGCAGUAAUAAAUGUAUAUGUGCAAAUAACAACAUUUCUUGUCUUUAAAUACAGACUUAAAUCAUUGUAAGUAAAUGCAUGUGUCAGACACUGAAGAACUUCAUAAACUCUCAUUAUGUUACUAUAAUGUUCAUGAAUAAGACUUUAACUUUAACCCAGUUGUGUGUGACGCAGAGUUCUGAUUAAAUACACACACUAACAGAGUGAAGUCACAAAGAAACCCCAAAAGGUUAACAUGCAGUG